AUGUCUACUGUGAACGCCACGCAGGAUGGCUCGUCCCGCGACGUCACCACACAUGAUACGAAUCCUACGACAAACACCUCUCUUACUAGCCAUACUCUAACAGGGAAACAAGAGCACUAUCUGAAGCGGGAGCUCAUCUCUGAGCAGGUCAAUUGGGAAAUUAAUGAGCUGAACUCCCCAACCGCCCUUCGUAGGUUUGGCGCCCCGUUCAAAUCCGACUAUGGCGAGGUGUCACCUCUCGAUUCCGAGCUCCCUAUCUUACGGUAUAUAUUCGUCCACCAUGUCCGCGAAUUUCCCUUCCUCGAUAAGGCCAAAGAGAAGGAAUUCUGGCAGGACAAGUUGCAGGUGUUCCUCGAGUCUUUCGCUAGCAAGAAUAUAUCGUCGUCCGAAGAUCGCCUCGAAGAGACGAAACGCCGAAAACUAGCCGUAAAAUGUCGGAAGCUGGUAGAGCUGAUGAUGGUGUCUGGCGUUCCUACGGCUUCUGGUUUCGAGGAGAGGAUAAGAUUCGCCGAAAUGGAAAUUGUUGACCGGAAUGCCAUUGAUACUGGUAUGCUCAACACCAUGCCGGAGGGCAACUUUGUCAACGGGUGGGAUGUCAACGUUGCUGGUGAAUUUCUGCUGCGAGUGAGAAGAAAGGGCGAGAUUGAGCACUUCGUGGGAAGACGUUAUGGUGACUUUGCGCGACUACACAAGGACCUAAGAAAUGAGCUUCCAGGAAAGGUUCUUCCACCGCUUCCCAAAAAGAACAAGUCCACCACGACAGCUAGUGGACUAUUCUCACGUACAACAGAUGGCGCCGAUGAUUCUGACGCCUCGUCCGUUUCGUCGGCAUCCACUGUUUUCCCGGGUGCCCAAUCCAAUAGCCUCAGUGAAUCAAUGAAGAACCUGGCAGUGCGUGACCCCCGUCAGAACAAGCUGGCAUCUCCACGAACAUCUAUUGAGGGUCACUCGAGCCCCACGAUUUUGAGCCCCAAAGCCGAGAAUGCGAUUCUCUGGCGUGAAGAUCAGCGAGUCUCGUUAAGAGCAUUCCUGCGAUAUUUGCUGCAGAACCAACAAAUCGCACAGACUAAGGCGAUACAGGAUUUCCUCACUCGAAAUCCGAUUACACCUUCGGAUGAGGAUGUUGAUGAUAUCCAUCGUCGUAAAGCCGUGGAUGCUAAGCGAAUGGAAGAACAGAAAGAGUUUUUCGAAAUAGCGAGAAAGAGGGCCGCCGAGCUUGAUGUUUACAUGGAGAAAUUUCGCCAAGACAUUGUCAAGCGAAAUGGGUUAACAAAAUUACUCCAGGAGAUCAAGGAUAAGCCCUCGAUUCAGGACCUUAGCAUGCAAUAUCAGAAGUUUGCUGAAUGGUUGCGGAUAGAAAUUGCUGCAACAAUCUAUCACUUGUUCCUUGCUGAGGACAACUCGCCCGAACUAUUUGCGCAGCUUAAGCGGAUCCACUCUUUAAUACCAUACACUCUUCUUAAAAAUGUCAUCAAGAUUGCGAAUCCAGCUGCUGUUAUGUCCGGUGUUCUCGAUUUAUUCUUAGCCCAACCUUUCGGCUCUCGCUCUCUGUUACAACGAAUCUUUUCUAUGACGCUGAACGACGGAAUCAAGAGCUAUCAGAAAUCCAUUGACGCAGUGGCAGCUAAGAUCGGAGACAGCAUUUUCGUGGAGAAGCUGACAAAAUUCAGCCAAGCGGAAGAUCAUAUCAAACUCAUCAUACGUGAAGAGGCUGAGGCUGAGGACAUAGACAUUAUUGUAUCGAUCUUACGAUCUGACCUAAUUUCGCCAGCCCUCAAGUCCGACCAGAUUGGGCGGCUAUAUAAUGCGUAUGUCGCCUUCAAUAAUGCCGUCGAAAACGUUGACGAGGAAUUGAAGCAGGGGUCCCGGCUUUUCUCAUACCUCAAGCAACUUAUGAAAUUGCAGAUGAGGCAGCGCGAUAAAGCCAUGAUGCUAAACCUCAUCGAAGAGCCUGUCACUCUUCAACUAUUCCGGGACCUUUUCACCAUCUUCUAUGAGCCUCUCGUUAGAGUCUAUAAAUCGGCCAAUGUUUAUAAUAGCAUUACUGAUUUUGCAGUGUUUCUUGAUGAUAUGAUUCAGGUUGUUGAGAAAUGUCGCGAGCAGGAUGCUUCGGCAGAUCCCAACCAGACUGUACAAGCCUUUAUUGAUCUCUGUCAACGGCAUGAGCACAACUUUUACAAGUUCGUUCACGAGGUUCAUACGCAUGACAAUGGCCUUUUUACACAGCUUAUGGGCUGGAUAGAAGGUAUUCUUGAAUUUCUCAGGAACGGGCCGGUAGGCGGGGCGGUGGAUAUAAAUGCUUUAUUUGAGGGCGCCGUUGCGAGUGGUCAAUUAAAUAAAGCGAAGGCGAUUGAUGAAAUCGACCAACUAAUUGCGUGGCAAGAAGCACGGAAGAAAUGGCAUCAUGAUAAGACGCGCCAAAAGAUGGCAGCCGAAGGCUCAGUAAGUGAAACGGGCCUGCCGGGCAUGGGAAGCAUCAGCGCCAGCGAUUUCGGUCUCGACGCCGUGGAUCUAGAAGAUCUUAACUACGAUUUCGAUUCGGAUGAGGAAGUCGAGGCGGCGGAAGAGGAUGAGCUAGACCCAAUAGAAGCUGAGCGACGCAGACGAGCUAAGAAACAGGAUCGCUUGAGACGUAGCGCUGGUGAGCCCACGAAGCCACAGGUGAGUGAGGUUCACCGUCUGAAGGACAACUUCAUCAUAAUGUUGCGUCAAUUUUUGCCAUUGGAAAUUGUAGGACAAGAGCCUCGUCCGUUCUUGCUGGUGCCUCUAUCUCUCCGCUCUACCCUUCUUACGUCCUUUCAACAUGGCAUCCUCAAUCGCGCUGAGGAGACUGGCCACCGGGUCUACCUUCUCAAGGGCCACCACAUUACCAAGGAGAGCUUUCUCAACGACACGUCCCCUCGUAUUAUCGCAAACAACCCGUUAAGGGCAAAGGAGGCGCCCAUACACGUUAGCAACAAAUACCCAGUUGUCGAUCACGAGUACGAUGCACUCGUCGUUGGUGCCGGCGGUGCCGGCCUACGGGCAGCAUUUGGUCUCGCCGAAGCGGGUUUCAACACAGCCUGUAUAUCGAAACUCUUCCCUACACGAAGCCAUACCGUCGCCGCUCAGGGUGGUAUAAACGCUGCGCUAGGAAAUAUGCACGAGGAUGAUUGGAGGUGGCACAUGUACGAUACCGUCAAGGGUUCCGACUGGCUCGGUGACCAAGACGCUAUCCACUACAUGACGAGGGAGGCUCCCGCAUCGAUCAUCGAAUUGGAGAACUACGGUUGCCCAUUCUCUCGAACUGAAGAGGGGAAAAUUUACCAGCGUGCGUUCGGUGGUCAGUCACAGAAGUAUGGAAAGGGUGGUCAGGCGUACAGAUGCUGUGCUGUAGCUGAUCGAACCGGUCACGCUCUUUUGCAUACACUCUACGGUCAAUCGCUUCGCCACAACACGAACUAUUUCAUCGAAUUUUUCGCUCUCGACUUGAUUAUGGAAGAUGGCGAAUGCCGUGGUGUCCUUGCUUAUAACCAAGAAGACGGCACACUUCACCGAUUCCUUGCCAAGAACACCGUAUUGGCUACUGGUGGAUACGGUCGAGCCUACUUCAGUUGCACAUCGGCACACACAUGUACCGGCGAUGGUAUGGCUAUGGUUGCCCGUGCUGGGCUACCUAACCAGGAUCUCGAAUUUGUUCAAUUCCACCCCACAGGUAUCUACGGAGCUGGAUGUUUGAUUACGGAAGGCUCGCGUGGCGAGGGUGGCUACCUCUUGAAUUCCGAGGGUGAGCGUUUCAUGGAGCGUUAUGCCCCUACUGCUAAGGACCUGGCUAGUCGAGACGUUGUAUCUCGGUCCAUGACCAUGGAGAUUCGUGACGGCCGAGGUGUUGGACCCGAGAAGGAUCACAUCUACCUGCAGCUCAGCCAUCUGCCCGCUGAAAUUCUUGCUGAACGUCUGCCUGGUAUUUCAGAGACUGCUGCUAUUUUCGCUGGUGUUGAUGUUCGGAAACAGCCCAUUCCCGUCCUUCCAACGGUUCACUACAACAUGGGUGGUAUUCCCACCCGUUACACCGGAGAGGUGCUAACCGUUGACGGACAGGGCAACGAUAAGGUUGUUCCUGGCUUGUUCGCUUGUGGUGAAGCCGCUUGCGUUUCUGUUCAUGGUGCUAACCGUCUCGGUGCUAACUCUUUGCUUGAUUUGGUCGUCUUUGGCCGUGCCGUAUCUCACACUAUUCGUGACAAGUUCACUCCGGGGGCUAAACUGGCGCCGGUCAGCGCUGAUGCCGGUGCUGGGUCUAUUGAGACACUUGACCAGGUCCGUAACUCGAGUGGACCCAAGUCAACUGCCGAGGUCAGAUUGGCUAUGCAAAAGGCCAUGCAGACGGAUGUCAGUGUAUUCCGUACUCAGGAAAGUCUGGAUGAAGGUGUUAGAAAAGUUACCGAGAUCGACAACAUGUUCCCUCAGGUUGGUAUCAAGGAUCGCGGCAUGAUUUGGAACUCGGACCUCGUGGAGACUUUGGAAUUACGGAACUUGCUCACCUGCGCUUCUCAAACCGCUGUUGCUGCUGCUAACCGAAAGGAAUCUCGUGGCGCUCACGCGCGUGAAGAUUUCCCCGAGCGAGAUGAUGAGAAUUGGAUGAAGCACACGCUCAGUUUCCAGAAGAAACCGCAUGCCAAGGUCGAGCUGGGUUACAGGAAGGUUGUUGGGACGACACUGGAUGAGAACGAAUGCAAAGCUGUUCCGCCUUUCAAGCGAACUUACUAA